UUCGAUGUGGGAUUAUGCAUGGGGUUUAGUGGAAAACGGGAACCAAAUUUGGUGCAAGACAUGGAGUGUGAAAUUUAGAGUGACCUGUUUAUAGAAUGCGUAACCGUUUUAUAAAAGUGCUAGCGAUAUCGCGUACUAUUUGAAUAAUUUCAUCAAAUUAGCAGGAACACAGGAGCGCAGUUUUACCUGCUUGAGUAAAGGGCCUGUGAGAAUUCACUAUGCGGAGUGAAAAACGUAGCUCUGAAAUAUUACGUUUUUGAAUGGGUCCACGCGACUCUGAUCUGAAGUUGCCUGGAUGGGAUGCACAGUGAGUUUCAUCUGUUGUGAAGACGACCACCUACAGUUUUCUCCUGACCAACAUGACAAAAAGAAAGAGAACAAGAAACUGUUGAAAAAGCCUGAGGAGUUUGAGGGGAUCCAUUCACACACCUUUCGGGUGAAGACAUUCAAGAAGAGCAAGCACUGUGGCGUGUGCAAACAGACCGUCAGCCAGGAGGGGCUAAUUUGCAAAGUGUGCCGGCUGACUUGCCACAAGACAUGUGAAGUGAAGGCACCUGGUAACGACAUCCCCCUGAAGCAUGUAGAGACCUUGGGCUCCACAAAGUCCUCCAAGAGUAUGGAGUCUCCACGCAUACCAUCAAGGAGUGUGAGUCUGAUACAGGCCCUGGAAGAGAACUAUGAGUUGGACCUGGUGUACAUCACUGAGAGGAUCAUCUCAGUCUCCUUCUCCAGCUCUGUGGAUGAGAACAGCUACUCUGCAAACCUCCGCGAGGUGGCUUCCAUGCUGCGCUCCAAACACCAAGACAACUACCUGCUCUUCAACCUCAGCGAGAAACGCUGUGACAUCAACCAGCUCAACCCGAAAGUGUUGGACUUUGGCUGGCCGGACCACCACGCGCCUGCCCUGGAUAAGAUCUGCACUAUCUGUAAGGCUAUGGACAGUUGGCUGAGUGCAGACAGUCACAAUGUAGUAGUGAUACACAACAAGGGGAACCGAGGGCGAACAGGAGUGGUGGUGGCAGCAUACAUGCAUUACAGCAACAUAUCAGCCAGUGCUGACCAGGCCCUGGACAGGUUCGCCAUGAAGAGGUUCUAUGAAGACAAAGUACUUCCUGUGGGUCAGCCGUCUCAGAAGAGGUAUGUACAGUACUUUAGCGGCCUUCUUUCUGGGCAUAUUAAGAUCAACAACAAACCCCUGUUCCUUCACCACGUCAUCAUGCACGGCAUCCCCAACUUUGAGUCCAAAGGAGGUUGUCGCCCUUUCCUCAAGAUCUAUCAGGCCAUGCAGCCAGUCUACACAUCUGGGAUCUAUAGUGUCCAGGGAGACAGCCAGACCAGUGUCUGCAUCACCAUUGAGCCAGGCUUGCUGCUGAAGGGGGACAUUCUGCUGAAGUGUUACCACAAGCGCUUCCGAAGCCCACAGCGGGAUGUGAUCUUCCGGGUGCAGUUCCAUACAUGCGCUGUGCACGACUUGGGAAUCGUCUUUGGGAAGGAUGAGCUCGACGAGACCUUCAAAGAUGACAGAUUCCCAGAUUUUGGAAAGGUGGAGUUUGUUUUUUCCUUUGGUCCAGAAAAAAUCAAUGGGAUGGACCACUUGGAGAAUGGGCCCACUGUCUCAGUGGACUACAAUACCCAAGAUGCUCUAAUCCGCUGGGACUCCUAUGAGAACCUCGACCAGCAUUGUGAGGAGACUAUGGAUGACGUCAUACACACCCAGGGUCCUCUGGACGGCAGCCCCUAUGCUAAAGUCCGCAAGAAGGAGUCCAUCGAGGAUGCGGUCACUGCCAACGACCUCCUGCCCACCGCCACCGAACACGUCCUACCCACGGUUGACCACGCCCUGUCGGUGAGCAGCGACUCAGGCAACUCCACCGCCUCCAUCAAGACCGACCGCACUGAUGAGCCAGCCCCAGCAGCAGCAACCCCACCAGUGAGCCAGCCGCCAGCAGCCCAGGAAGAGGCCCCAGUCUCGGGCACGGUCCUGGCCGUCCAGCUCAUCUGUCCCCAGGAGAAGCAGGAGCUGGAGCAGCUGCUCAGUGGCCUGGAGGGCCCCAUGCAUUGCCAGGGCUACCUGUCCUCUCCGUCGGGCGGAGGGAUGGGGAUAGGACUAGGGGGAGGGGGAAUACUACACCUGGUGCCCGCGCAAGUUCAUGUGAAUGGCCACAACAGCAGCAUGGACAGAGAAACAGAUAUUCUGGAUGACGAGGUGGAACUGCCCACCAGCCAGGAAGGUAACAGCAUGGAUAGCUUGGGCACUCUGUCAUCCCUGGAAGGGAGAGCCACGCCAGCAGACCUCUACUACCAGGCUGAGACGGUUAUCAACGGGCAUGACAAGGUUCCCUAUCUAGAGAGGAGCAUCCCAGACAGGCCCCUGGAAAACAUUGUCAUCAAUGUCGCAAUAGGCUCACAUGAUGUGGCUGACCAGGUUCCCGUCACCUUAGUGCGAAGCCUCUGCUCAGCUCAGGAUGGGACAGGUGAGUCAGUUCCCCCGGCAAGCGAUUACAUUAUCAGCCAGAAUGGAAACCUGUAUUGCUCACAGUCAUUCGGUGCAGACCAGAAUCCCCUCCCUCGAGCGCCAGCACGCAACACCAGCAGUCGUAACGCCGUCCAACGUGGGCUCAACGUGUGGCAGCAAUAUGGCGUCCCAGAAGAGCCGGUGAUGGACGGGGUGUAUUUUGGCUCUCCUCCACCCUCCAUGCCUCUACAGAGCCACCACAGCAUGCCCCACUUCCCCCACCAGCAGACUGCCUCACAGCAGGAGAUUGAGCAGUCCAUUGAGGCACUCAACCUGCUGAUGCUGGACCUGGACCCCGGCCGCCUGUUGGGGCAAGUGCCGAAGUCCCAGAGUGCCCCGGGAGAUAACAAGGAGGUGGUGACCACACAACCAUCCUUUUCCCAGUCCCUGGCCAGGCCCUCCUACCAGGCUGACUCAGCUAUCUUAGGAAGUGCACCCAGCCUAGCUCAGGUCAUGCUGAGGUCCUCCCCUUUCCAGCCGUCCACGUCUCCAGAGCCCUCUGCCAUCCAGAGACCAACAGCCAUCUACCACCCUGGUCCCUCUGUAGCCCCCAUCCCUGGCUUCCCCACUGAACCUUCCAGCCAAGGGGCAGCCAGAACCAGCUCUCCCACCCAGGUCCCCAGUAGCGUGGGCCAGCUGCAGCUGAAACCCAUCAACGUGUACCCCCCCAGCAUCGUGUACCCGUCCCUGUCCUCGGAUCUCUGGGAGGCCCAACAGAGCCCCAGUGCCACGUUCUCAUCACCCAAUCCCAGAGAUGCAGAGCCUGAUGAAGCGUUCAACGUGGAGGGCCUAGUAGCCCAGCGUGUGUCAGGUGUCCAGUCUUGUGGGACGUCAUUGGACGAGGCAUCAGCCUCGCCCCAUCACCGCACCACUAGUGAGAGACAAUGCAUCAACGGCCACAACGAAAGUUCUUCCUAUCAACCCCCGGUCCGCUCCCCUAUUCGUUGCGUCUCACCAGAGUUCGUCAACACCAUAGCGCUGAAUCCCGGGGGGCGUCCCAAGGAGAGACACAUCCACAGCUACAGAGAGGCCUUUGAGGAGUUGGAUGGAGGCCAAAUCAGCCCCACGCCCACUGUUGGUGGUGAGGUGUUCCCCCAUACCCCUGCCUUCCCCGUCUCGCCGCAAACCCCUUACUUCAACCUGUGCCAAGCUCGUUCCCCUCCAGGUCUGAUGAAGACCCCUCUCUCUGCCUUGGGCCUCAAACCCCACAACCCAGCUGAGAUCCACCUCAACCAGAGUGGAUCAGAGCCGUUGAGCUACGUGGAGUCAGUGGCCAGAUCCGCUGUGGCCGGCGGGGGACCAGCAGGACCCCCCGUGACCCUCACCCCCCCAGGAUGGACCUUGGCUAGGCAGACGACCCCUGACCCCUCCCCAACCCUCAACCCCCUAUUGUCUAGCUGCAGCCCCAUGCACAGAUCAGAGGGAGAACACCCGUUGGCUGACAGCAGUGCGAUCAUCCCCUCGCAAGCGUCCAUUGACUCCAGCUUAAGCUCCUUUCCUUCCGAGGGCACGUAUCCCAUCGACUCCCCCACCCCUAUCCCCAUUGCCACUCCCACCCCAUACCUCCAGGCCCUGGGCUCCCCAUCUCCCUUCCUUCAAGCCCUGGGAACCCCCACCUCCUCCUACCUGAGCUCCACCUACCCCACCCUGUCUUACCUGUGUUCCCCCACCACCACACCCUCCUGGGACCUGGGUCACAGUGGCCUUAUGGGGAGCUAUGUCUCUCCGGACCCCAGCCCCCCCCCGCUCCAGCCAGAGGCAUCUGCCCGGGAAAGCCUUGUGGCCAUCCUCCCCUCGUUAAGAUCAAGAAGUCUCCACACACUGCAUCGUGACCCCAACACCUCAUCUAGCAUCCCCUCCCUCCAACAUCUGCAACAGCCCACCAAUCAGUGCAGCCCUGUCAUGGGCCACCAGCCCUCUCCGACCAGUGGCUUUGUGGAGUUUGGGAUCACUGGGAUGGUAAUGACAGGAAGUCCCGUGUUGGGCCGCCACCACUAUAACCCAUGUGUGUCCCAGGGGACACAGUCUAGCCCAGUGCUGAGCCAACAACCGUCCCUGAUGCAGGCCUCCCAGGACAGCCCCAUGCUCAGUUGCCAGCCCUCCCUCACCUACAGCCAACCCAUCCAGCCCAGUAUCCAGAGUAGUCCGGUUCUGGGCCUACAUCCAUCCCUCACCUACAGCCAACCCAUCCAGUCCAGUAUCCAGAGUAGUCCGUUGCUGAGCCGACAUCCAUCCCUCACCUACAGCCAACCCAUCCAGUCCAGUAUCCAGAGUAGUCCGGUUCUGGGCCGACAUCCAUCCCUCACCUACAGCCAACCCAACCAGUCCAGUACAUGGGCCCAUCCAUCCCUCACCUACAGCCAACCCAUCCUGUCCAGUAUCCAGAGUAGUCCGGUGCUGAGCCGACAUCCAUCCCUCAUUCACCAGCAGGGCAAUGGUAGUAGUCCGGUGCUGGGCCGACACCCGUCCCUCGGCCAGAUGUCACAAUGCAGUCCAAGUCUGGAUCGACACCCAAUGCUGCAUAGUAGCGGCUACACCACCCCGGACGAAAGGCAGGGCACCCUGUCCCGUCAGAGCUGCUCCUCUGGGUACAACCCGCCCUCCACGCCCUCCUUCCCCGUCUCCCACGCGGGCUAUCUGGACGAGGGGAUGAUGAUGGGGGUACGGCAGGGCAGUCCGGCCCCACAGGCUCAGCCCCAGCUACCGGAGAAGAGGCGAAUGUCCAUUGGGGAGAGGCCCAACGGGGGGCUCUCGUACGGGACACUGAAUGGGAAAGUGUCCUCCCCCAUGUCGAGUGGAGGCAGCACGCCCAGCACUAGCUACUUUCAUACACUGCCAGACUUCUCCAAGCUUAACAUGACUGACGGGAGUCCAGAGACCAGGCUGAAUGUAAAGUUUGUUCAGGAUACGUCCAAGUUCUGGUACAAGCCUGAUAUCUCCCGUGAACAAGCCAUCGGCCUGCUGAGAGAGAAGGAGCCAGGGGCCUUUGUCAUCCGGGACAGUCACUCUUUCCGAGGGGCCUAUGGCCUGGCCAUGAAGGUGGCCUCUCCUCCUCCUCCUACUGCUCAGCAGUCCAAGAAAGCUGGUGACAUCACUAACGAGUUGGUGAGGCACUUCCUGAUUGAGACGAGUCCUAAGGGAGUGAAACUGAAAGGAUGUCCCAACGAACCGUACUUUGGUUGUCUGUCAGCUCUUGUGUACCAGCACGCCAUGACUCCACAGGCCCUGCCCUGUAAACUGGUCGUCCCUACCAGAGAUCUCCACCAGGAUGUCCCAGAUAUCGCCACGCCAACCAACCAGGCUGACUACCUCCUGAAACAUGGAGCAGCUUGCAAUGUGCUGUACAUCAACUCAGUGGACAUGGAGUCUCUGACAGGACCUCAGGCCAUCGCCAAGGCGAUCUCGGAGACGAUGGCCGCCGCGUCCCCGCCCGCCGCCACCAUUGUGCACUUCAAGGUGUCGCCCCAAGGCAUCACCCUGACGGACAACCAGAGGAAGCGUUUCUUCCGGCGCCACUACCCUAUCAACACUGUCACAUUUUGUGAUGUCGACCCUCAGGAGAGAAAGUGGAAUAAACCUGAUGGGGGCACAGCCAAGUUUUUUGGGUUUGUGGCUCGGAAGCAAGGAAGCACAACUGACAACGUCAGUCACCUCUUUGCCGAGAUGGACCCCGAUCAGCCCGCCAGCGCCAUCGUCAACUUUGUCUCCAAGGUGAUGAGCGGCUCGCCGAAACGAUGAGCUGACCUUUUGGCGACCCUUGGCUGUUAGUUUUUUGGGGUUGUUGUUAUUUUUAACUACGGAGGGAAUAUAUUUCCUUUUUUUAGGUUGUAUUCUAAGUUUAAUCUUAGGUUUCACCUCUUUCCUUCUGAUCUCGUCUUUUACCUGUGUGUGUGUGUGUGUGUGUGUGUGUGUGUGUGUGUGUGUCUGUAUUUCUUCUUGGAAGGACUCCUUCGUGGCGUGAAGUAGGGGGGAUAGAGGAAGUGCAGUUUGUGGGGUGUGGCUGUGUAAGCUGUUGAAUGUUGGCUCUGGGAGACCAUUGUGAUCUCUAGCAGGGCAGCACAAGAACAGAAAGAGGAAAUCAUGUCAGUGAUGAUGUCAGUGAGUGUGAUGCAUGAAAAAGAGAAGAAGUAGUAAAGUUGUGUGAUGUAAAGAAGGGUGUGAAGCUGUCGGGUUUUGGACUGUUCAACCAAAGAUUUUUUAAAAGCAGCAAUGUCACUGAAGGUAUGUUUGAGACAAUAUUUGGUUAAAAAAAAAAUGUCUUCUUUAUCAAAACAUUUACAUUUUAUGUUCUUUCCAUAUACAAGUAAAUACUGUAUUUAUUUUAUUCCUAAAAAGUUUGCAUCUUUGCUUUCUUCGCAAACCGUAUUCAAGUACGUUUUUGCAUGCUGGCGAGUUUAAUCAUUGUAAAUAUCACAGAGUAGGGCGUGGGUAACUUGGAUGACUUGGGGCCUAAAAAUGUUGUUGGAAUUUUUUUAGAGCUUACUGUAGAGAAAGAAAAUAAAGAAAAAAGCACAGUUGUUCUCUUCAGAACAACAGAAAACAUCUGACUUCAGAACAACAGCA